AAUUCGCAAAGUUCCCUUCAAAAAUCAAACUUGAUAAAUUAUUUUUUUGAGAUUAAUUUUACGUAAUUUAAUUUAGUCUUAUAAUUACAAAAACAUGUCUGAUAGUAAGGAUCAAUCAAAAAAAGACGUGGAUCCGGAGCUGGAUGACUUAUUAGACAGUGCCUUACAAGAUAUGACAAAAAAACCUGAGGAACAAAAGCAAGUUGAGGGUGGUGAGAAUGUUUCGCAGAAUCUAUGGAGCGAGGAGUUUAUCAAGGAGGCGGCGUCACAGUUCGAGAGUAACAUGGCCUCAAUCUUAGGGAGCUUCAGCGGAGUGCCGGAGGAUCAAAUAACACAAGAACAAAUUGCACAAACAUUUAGCAAAAUGGCAGAGGCUGCGGCACAAGUUCUGAAACCCCAACCUGACGUCCAAGCCCCUGCAGUUGCCGAUGAUCCUAGUGUUCAAGAAAAAAUUGAUGAGGUGUCAGCUGCUAUAUCACAAACCCUUCAAAACCUUAACACGAAUACGGAAAACUUACAAACACCAUUCUCAGACCAGGACCUCGCUAACAUGUUCAAUAACUUCAACAUUGGGGAGGGACAGGGGCAGGAUGGCAACAUGUUCGUGCCCUUCAUGCAAGGUAUGAUGCAAUCCCUGCUGUCCAAGGAGGUGCUGUAUCCGUCCAUGAAGGAGCUGGUUGACCGCUACCCGGCCUGGCUGGCAGAGAACAAGGGCAAGAUCGACCAGGCGGAAUAUGAGAGAUUUGAGAAGCAACAAAGUCUGAUGCAGAAAGUUUGUGCGGAACUCGAGCCGGAGCAGGAGUCCGACCCCGAGGAUGUCAAGAGAAAGAGAUUCGAGGUUGUCCUGGAUCUCAUGCAAAAGAUGCAAGACCUCGGUCAGCCGCCGACGGAGCUGGUGGGCGACAUAUCCGCGCCGCCGGAGGGCUUCGCGGUGCCCCCGGGGCAGGACGCCUCGCAGUGCUGUGUCAUGUAGUGCUAGUCGACCGACAGGUGAUCUGGUGCUCGAUCAUACUCGUCAAAAUUGAUCAGCUGUGGUGAAUUUGAU